AUGAGGAAUGGGAGCGAAGAGGGAGGAGGGGAAGAGGAGAUCGAGAAUGAAGUGAAUGAAGACACUGAAUCGGGGGAGGAAGAUGAGAUAGAGGAGAUCGAGGACAAUGAGGAUGAAGAGGAGAUCGAGAAUGAUGUGAAUGAAGACACUGAAUCGGGGGAGGAAGAUGAGAUAGAGGGAUCUGAGGACAAAGGGAUAAGAGGGUCGUAUGCUUACUUUGAAUUAGAGGAGGAAGAUGCUUACUUUGAAUCAGAGGAGGAAGAUGCAAACUUUGAAUCAGAGGAGGAAGACACUGGCUUUGAAACUGUGGAGAGGAAAAGCGGAGACGGCAAAACGAUCGUAAAGCAUACCUUCAACAACCAGAAGUUUUGCAGCGAGACUGAGCAGCUCAGGAUACUUGAAGAUGCCAUCUUGGACGCGCUAUAUCCUUCUCGCAGAAAGCUUGGUGACAUCAAUAUUCAUAUCAUCGCAAUUGCAAAUUCAGGAGACGGCGACGGUGCCGACUUGGGCGACUUGCUUGGAGAUGGUAGUAGCUUCAGCUUGAAUGAUUUGGGUGACAUUGGUCACAUCAGUGGCGAUUACAGCUUAAACUUGGAUGAUUUGGGCAACUUUGAUCGUGGUGGCGGUUGUAUCAUUGAUGAUGACCUUUUUUCUUAUGCUGAAGAUGCUGUGUUGGAAGCCGUGAAAUCUUAUUGA